CCGGUUUUAGUAUACCUUCGUCCCUCCCCGCGGUCCAGGCAACACCCAACUGCUGUCGGAAUUGAGAAGCCGAUGACUGAGCAGCCCGAAGUCAUUCAGGGAAUCUGUGUCGCCAGGAUCAAGAACGUUGCAGUGGAUCUAUCGGAUCCCUGAUUUGCUAGGUAGAGAUAUCCCGCUAGCAUGAGUGGUCAAUCUUCGUCUCAACGUGCUGGUGGCCGUGUCCGAAGUGCUUGUGAUUUGUGCAGGCAGAGAAAGAUUCGCUGCGAUAACGUCCAGCCUGUCUGUGAAACAUGUCGUCUUGCCUGCGUGCCGUGCACCUUCACAGAUCAACCUGAGCUGCCCCGAAAAAGCCUUCGAGACGCAGACCCCAGCGAGCGAAGUAACUCCGACACCUCGACGAGUCCUUGGCUUCACUUGAUGACUCUGGACCACCUUCCAGACAGUUAUAAUCUAGACACUUCUCUGGCAACGUUUCAAGGGGAGAUUGCUCACUGCGGAGUGGGAAAAGCAGGCUCCAUUCAGCGAUCGUCGUUUUUCUCUACGGUGUAUGAGAAAACCGGUUCUCCGAUAGAUCUCGACCAUUUCCUGACCCAGGCGGCACAGUCACUCAAGUUUCAGGGUCUCCCCGAACGGACAGGUCCGAAGCGGUCGCUGUCACCUAAAUGGCCCCCCACGCCUCUGGUCCAGCACUCAAUAAAUCACUAUUCCAGGAGCGGGCUCUAUUCUAUCUUCCCAGUUGCGAAUGCUAAUGCGUUGACCGAAUUGGUUGAGGAGGGUGUAAUGGACCACCAAGAUGGCACCAUUCCCGCAGCUAAGCUGGCAUGUCUUUUUGCAUUCACAGCAAUGAUGAGCGUGAUGCAUCGACUCGAUCCGGCUUUCCUCGAUGCUGAGCCUGAUGCUUACAUUCAGGCUGCCUUGUGCCUUGUGCCCAGGGCUCUGAUGGAGAAGCCCACAAUCAGGGGCCUGGAAGCUAUUGUCUUGAUUAUGACUUACGUGAUGCCGGGUGCUCAAGUUGAACAAGGUCAAAUGCUACUAUCUCUAGCUACUCGAAUGGUGCUGAGCCUCGGCGGCCAUCGAUAUUCCGCCAUCCACGAGCCAGAAGGGAGACACCUCCGAGCUCUCUUCUGGUUCUGCUACGGCGCAGAUAAGAACAUGGUCAUUCGCUACAACUGCUCGCCGCAUUUCAUAGACGUUGAUUGCGAGCUUCAAAUCCCGGACAACUAUGUCUUAUCGUCCUCCGACCACCAAUUCUUUUCGAGGCCACUUUCAAAUGACGAACUCCUCUUCCCCUCUGACGUCCGACUCUCCCUCCUCAAGUCCAAAGUCUACCAUCUGCUCUACUCUGACAGCGCUCGAAAACAGCCCGAGGCGCGUCGGCUGCAACACAUCCGCGAAUUAGACCAGGAGCUCACCGACCUCAAGGCCACAUUCCCGGUCAGCUGCUGGCCGGACCUCUUCGCCACAGAGACGGCACCCAACUAUACCUUCCACGACCUGAGUCUGCGGGGCGUAUGCCUCCACCUGGAGUUCUAUUUUCUUGUGGGCAAGAUCCACGGGGCGAGUGGCGCUGUCGGCCGCAGCAGGAGCAACUCCAGCUGGUCCAUCCUUCCGUCCAGCGCCGAGCUCUUCCACCAAGAAUCCCGGUCGAUUCUCAUCUACAUUUGUCGGACGCGGGAGUUUCUCAAUUGGCACACUUUCUGGAUCUACGCUCAGUUCCUCCUGACCGGCGUCUUCUCCCUCUUCAAAUUCCUCAUCACCUACCCCACGGCGCCGUCUUACACCAACGAUAUACAACUGCUGCAAACCGUGGUGGACAUUUUUGCCGAUUUGGACAGGAACGAAUCGUCAGACAUGAGGGGACGAUUCCCGCCGUUCUAUUUCACCAUGUGUCUAGUCAAGCGGUUGAUGUUCCUGGCGAGGCAGGCUGCUGAGCGAGCAGCCGUGUGA